AUGACAGGAGAAUGUGUCGAAGACAUUUUAAGCGAAUUCCAUGUUGAUCCAAAACUCGGUUUCGUAUUGCCCGAUCCACUCACCCGACUUCCCGAUGUCUUCAAACCGUGGCAAGAGAUAGUAGAUGCUUUGCCGGAAUUACUGGAAUCCCAGACUAUCGAGCAACGAAUCGAUGCCUUACCGAUCAUCGACACUACCCAACUGAAAAGCAAUAAGGAAUUACGCUUAGCUCAUCUAUUACUUGUAACGUUAUCUUCUGCAUACGUAUGGAACAGAGGCUCAGAUAAGCCUCAUCUAUCAAUACCACGACAAAUAUCUCAACCGUUGAUUGAUGUCAGCGAUCGGACUGGAUUAAAACCGAUUGUGGUGCAUGCAUCUGCAUGUUUGGCCAACUGGAAGAGGUGUAAUACUGAGUCGAAAUGCGGAAUCGCUGACGAGCGCAGUGAAUUGUUUCGUGCUGAAGAUGUAUCGUUGAUAGCGUUUCGAUUCACUAGACAUCCCGGCAAUGAGUGGUUCUUCACCCUUACUGCACAAGUAAUCUCAUUGUCAGCUCGAUUCUCGCUUCAAUUCUGUGAUGAUAUCAAAACGUUUUGA